AUUCAAAAUAUGAUAACAGGUUAAUUUGGUGUCUCAUCCGUGAUAAAAUUAUAAAUAAAUAGUAGUAGAACUUGGUUUAAAUGCUAGUAUAGUUUAAAGCUGUUGACAAAUCACACGAUGAAGAAGUCACUAUUGUGUUUACUCGUUUUUACGGUAUACGCCGUGUCUGCGGUGCCAGUACCAGAAUUGUCUGAGUUGCCAGUAGCCUCAGAGUACUCUGAGGAUCGCAUGUACCCGCGAUACAUCGAAUUCCCCGAUGGCGAGGGUAACUUGCACACCGUGGACCUCGAGGCUGAGCCUGACAUGGAACUCCUUGACGAGAUCGAAAGGAACCCAGCCAACAACCAGUACUUGCUGUUCACCAGACGCAACCCCAGAAACGCUCAAACGUUGAGGAUCAACAACGCGAACUCCAUCACUAGCUCCAACUUCAAUGCUCGUGUACCCACCGUGGUUAUCGCUCACGGCUGGCUCAGCAACCAACACACUGACAUCAACCCCACCAUUAGGGAUGCUUACUUGGGCAAGAGUGACGUGAACGUCAUUGUCUUGGACUGGAGAAGACUAGCUUUGUCUGACUACGCUACUGCAGCGAGAGGUGUACCCGCCGUCGGUCGUGGUCUUGGACAGUUCCUGGCUUUCUUGCACUCAGUGACCGGAGCACCUUACAACUCCAUGCACCUGGUCGGCUUCAGCUUGGGCGCUCACCUUGUCGGUAACGCUGGAAGAGAAAUUGGAGGAAGAGCCGCCCGUGUUACAGCUUUGGACCCUGCUGGACCUCUAUGGAACUACAACUCCAACCGUGUCAACCCCCGUGAUGGUGUCUACGUCGAGGCUAUCCACACCGAUGGAGGUUACACCAUCGGCGGUCUCGGUAUCGGCUCAAACGUGGCUAACGCUGACUUCUACCCCAACGGCGGUAUCUCCCAGCCUGGCUGCCUCACCAACCUCUGCAACCACAACCGUGCUUGGGAACUGUUUGCCGCUACUGUUACCUACAACCACUUGGUUGGCCGUCUGUGCGCCAACAACUCUCAGCUAUCCUUGAACACAUGCCGCGGUGCUCAACUUCGUAUGGGCAACGAUGACUUAAGAAAGACUGGAUCUGGAAUGUACCGUUUGGACACUGGCAGAAGAUAUCCUUACUAAUCGAAUUCUGAAAUAUUGAUAACGAAAUAAAUACUCAUCCUCGGAUUUACAAUUUCAAA